AUGGCGCAGACCCCGGCCUGUACUCAGAUGAUCAUUUUCAAGCACAAACCUGGUACCAACAUCAAAGAUGCUGCCUCGAAAGACGGGAAGACCUGGGCUGAGGUGGUUGCGUGGCUUAAGUCAAAGCCAACGGUGCGGCGACUGUAUUGGGGCCGACAUUUAGAGAAUGAGAACACAAUAUAUCUCCAUAUUGUCAGAGAAGGACUGUAUCAACACUACGACUUUAUAGCGUCACCAGACUACGCCGAGCUCAAACGACGCCUGCAAGACAUCAUACAAGGGGAUUUGAUAGUCCGACACGCCGAUCUAAUCGAAUACACCCAGCCUUGCGGCUCGCUGGGGAGGGGAGCGCCAUUUACAGGGACAGCGAUCUACAAAGUGACGGACAAGGCUUGGGACCAUGCCUGGAACCUCUGGGCAACCAUUGUUCCUGGGGUCAAAGGGUGCAGAGGCGUGGCGGGCGGCUACAUUGUGGAGCCCGUGGAUGGACAUCAAAGGUGCUUCAUAGCACUGGUCGGAUGGCAGACGACGGAGGAACACCACGCCUAUCACGAGACGCGCCACUGGAAGAACCGAGCGUCUAUUUUGACGCACGGACAGAAAGGGUUCAGCGAAUACGGUCACAUUGUCUUUGAAAACGAGAACGAGACUCAUGGACCGCGUCUGUAG